AUGCGGCAAAGCUGCUGGCACUUCCUGUUGCCGCUGGCCAGCGGCCUCCGGCUGGCUGCUCCGACGCUGGCGCGUCCCCGCUGUGCGAGUCCGCGCUUGGCUGCCGUAGAGCAGCCGCCAUCUGCGUUUCCCGCGCCGGCCGCGGCGAGCGUGCCGCCGCCGUCGCCUGCCGAGCCCGCGGCCAGCGGCGCACAGCAGCAGGCCAACCAGGCCGGCGAGGCUGCCCUGUCGGUGCUAUCGGGUCUGGGCGAGAAGCUCUCCGCCGCGGGCGAGGCGACGCGCAGCAUGCCCGUCGAGGUCUCUCUGCAACGGCUGCAGAGGGACAUGGCGAUGCUGGACCAGGCGGCCGGCGCGCGGCCGCAGGUGUCGCAGACGUCCUUCUUGGCGCUGUCGCUGACGGUGCUGGUGGCGGGCGUGGCGCCGCUCGGCCUCUCCGAGAAGCUCGUCGAAGUGCUCGUCCCUUCGAUGAGCGCCAUCUCCGCCGCCAUCGGUCUGUCGGCCGAGUUCAACGGCAAGGUCGAGGUGGCGCGAGGCAAGGAGAUCGCGGCGGUGACGCUGCAGGCCGCGGCGGAGGCGGAGUCGUACCUCGCCCAGGCCGAGCGCGCGAAGGCCAUCGUCGGCGCCUCCAUCAUCACCGAGAUCUACCUGAUCUGCCCCGUCUUCGCCGUCCUCUCGGCGGCG